UAGUGACGUGGUGUUGUAGUUGAAACGUGCUUCUGGUUCACUGCAUGGAAACAGUGGAGAUCGGAUAACUGAACCGUGCUUCGUGUUCAUUCGUCCUAUCCCUGCUGUUUAGGGUAGAAUAACGAUUGGCCUCUCUAUCCACGGACUCGCCAAUUUCUGUAAUUUCCCCCUAGCUUGAAAUAACAGAAAAACUAGCGCUGAACUGGUUCUCCGUCACCCUGUUUACCGUGGAAUAUCCAUUGAACACUGAUUGGAUCGUUGAGGCACGCGAGGAAUGGGAGACGGUUCUUGGAAAAGUUAACAACUUUCGUUGUACGUUCAUCAGUCAUGUAUGGGUCUGGUUUGGUCAAAGAAGAGCCCAAAGAAGAGUCACUGGAUUCUUAUUGGGACAAUGGAGCUCAGUGUUCAUUGGUGGAUUCAAAGAUGAAAUCAGAGAUGCUGGAAGACUGCAGUCAAACACAUGAUAUUAAAUAUGAAAAAGAGGAGAAGAAGAUUAGGGAUUUAACUAAUCUAGAUGAGAUGACUGAAGUUGAUACACUUCCUACACCUGGAAGGGAGCAACAACCGGAAGAUUGUGAAGAUAAGUCUCACCCCUGCCCCCAUUGUGGAAAAUGUUUCCUUUCUAUAUCGCUGUUACAAAUACAUAUUAAUAUACACUCAGGAAAGGAGCCCAACUUCUGUUCUGACUGUGGAAAGAGUUUCAUUUCAUCAUAUGAAUUAACUAGACAUGAGAAAUUGCACCAUGGAGAGAAGCCGUACUUGUGUUCUGACUGUGGGAAGCGUUUCACUUCACCAUGUCAUUUAACUAGACAUCAAAGAUUGCACACAGGAGAGAAGCCAUACUCCUGUCCUGACUGUAGGAAGAGUUUCUCUCAAUUGGGUAACCUUAAAAUUCACCAGCGCAUACACACUGGAGAGAAGCCUUACUCCUGUACUGACUGUAGGAAGAGUUUCUCUCAACUAAGUAGCCUUAAAACUCACCAGCGCAUACAUACUGGAGAGAAGCCAUUCAUUUCAUCUUAUGAACUAACUAGACAUCAGAGAAAGCGCACAGGAGAGAAGCCAUACUCCUGUUCUGACUGUGGGAAGAGUUUUUCUCGACUAGGAAACCUUCAAUCUCACCAGCGCAUACACACUGGAGAGAAGCCUUACGCCUGUCCUGACUGUGGGAAGAGUUACACUGAAGCAAGUAACCUUAAAUCUCACCAGCGCAUACACACUGGAGAGAAGCCAUACUCCUGUCCUGACUGUGGGAAGAGUUACACUCAAGCAAGUAACCUUAAAACUCACCAGCGCAUACACACUGGAGAGAAGCCAUACUCCUGUUCUGACUGUGGGAAGAGUUACCCUCGACUAAGUAGCCUUAGAACUCACCAGCGCAUACACACUGGAGGGAGAACUUUUCACUGUUCUGACUGUGGGAAGAGUUUCCCUGAAUUAUGUAAGCUUAAUGUUCACCAGCGCAUACACACUGGAGAGAAGCCAUACUCCUGUUCUGACUGUGGGAAGAGUUACCCUCGACUAGGUAGCCUUAGAACUCACCGGCGCAUACACACUGGAGGGAGAACUUUUCUCUGUUUUGACUGUGGGAAGAGUUUCUCUGAUUCACGUGACCUUAUAGCUCACCAGGGCAUACAUACUGGAGAGAAGCCAUACUCCUGUUCUGACUGUGGGAAGAGUUACACUCGACUAAGUAGCCUUAAAAUUCACCAGCGCAUACACACUACAAGCAAGUUUAUUUAUACAGCACAGUUCAUACCAUAGAAGCAAUUCAACGUGUUUACAGUGAAAUGAAACACAAAAAAAACGCCAGAUUCGUACAAUUCUGUAACCACCCUCCAGGGGGGCAUUUAUGUUAUGUCUGCACAUGCAUUUUAUAUUCAUCCUCGAUGAAUUACAGUUCCCAAAACUGUUUACCGCACCGCCCUGGUAUUUCUAUCCUCACGUUCCAACGCUUAAAUAAACUUGUCAGUCGUUUUGUGAGAUAAUACCCUGCAUCGAUGUCUAAACAGCAGAACAAGAACUUGCAGUAUCCGUCCUCAGCAGAUUGUUACAUUUACACAGAGGCUAUUCCUCUGAUAGCACCAAAACUUGCAUUACAAUGGAAUAAAAACA